GGGGGCAUUUCCAAAUACUUGUAAUUGGAACGGCUUUGAUAAAGCCGAUGGAGAAAUUCAGUGUCAGCUUUGUGACCAAAAUGGUCACAAUGCUAAAUGUUGUAUUAAAAACCCUAGUGCGAAGCGUACGACUAACAGUUCAUCUACCUGCCAACUAUGUGGAACAGACGGUCAUACAGCGAAACAGUGUGAACAGCUUCAAUCGGGAAACUAAGUGGGCCUGGACCUAAGAGUGCGCAACGGUUUCCGGGCCAUGCUGAACAGAAUAUUUCUUAUGCGCAUAAUUUUAUGUAUUUGAAUGUGUUUGUUAAACAAAAUCAAGUUACUGCAUUAUUGGAUUCUGGUAGUAGUAUCAAUGUUCUUUCUCAGUCAUUUUUUGAGUCAAUUCCAGAAUCUGAGAAGUCUGAAGUUUUUACAUGUUCAGACUCUAUUACUUUGGCAAACAAUCAGUCUGUUGACAUUUAUGCUACUGCUAGAAUCUGCAUUAGGAAUUCUUUACAUGAUGUUGGUCAUCAUAUUUUUGUAUAUGUUCUGAAAGAUUCUUCUCAUCCUAUGAUUUUAGGAACAAAAUACAUGCAAGAACAUGGUAUAUCUCUAGAUUUCAGUAAGAAAUGUUUUUCUUUGAAUGUUAAGAAAACCACAAAAGUAAAAAGUACAAGGACUUUGGUUGUGGAUCCGAACUCUGAGUGUGUUAUCCAGGGUGUACUUGAUGACCGAGUGGGGAUCGGCAUGCAAGGUGUACUCGUUGGACACCCUGAAUUGGCACACAAGGGUGUUUUGGUCUCCAAAGCUCUUGUUACUUGUUUGCCAGAUCAUCUUGUUUGUGUUAAGAUUUUGAACCCUGGCAAUGAGAUCGUUCAUAUACAGAAGGGUACAUUUUUAGCUAAGUUUGAACUAUGUGAUAACUCUCAUGACAUUGUACCUGUAGAAUCAUGUGCAUGUAUGACUGUUGAGAAAAAUAGUAGUUCUGUUGAUACUUCAGACAUAGACACUGUUUACAUGAAACCUGUUGAUGAAGAACUUUCGAAACUCAGUCCGUUUUCCACUAAGGUCCCGCAAUCUGAUAUAGAUCAGACAGAUUUUGAGAAUUUUAAGUCACAUUUUCAAACAAACAGUGACUUGACCCAAUCAGAUAGUGAUCGUUUAUAUCAACUCUUGUAUAAGCAUAAAAAUGUUUUCACUACGUCUGAUAACCCUGAUAUCGGGUUCACCACUGUAGUUGAACAUAAAAUUUCAUUAAAGCCCGAUGCAGUUUCUAAACACCAACGACCUUAUAGGUUAUCUCCUGACAAACGAGAGAUUCUUCGUCAUCAGUUAGAUGAUUUGUUGCGACAAGGUAUAAUAAGUCCAGUAGAUGAACAGGAAGAUGUUCCGAUAACUAGCCCGAUAGUUCUUGUAGCCAAACGUAAUAAACCAAAACUUGACCCAAAUAAUAUCAAUCGUGAACAGAGUUUGUCAUCUUACAGGUUUUGUGUAGAUUUUCGUUAUUUGAAUACACAGACACUUGAUUUUCGUUAUUCGAUACCAGAUCUACAAGAACUAACGGAGUCGUUAGCGGAUACUAAGCCUAGAUAUAUGUCAUUUAUUGAUAUGAGCUCUGGUUUUUUUCAAAUAGGUAUUACCUCUGAUACUGCAAAGUAUACAGCAUUUAAUACUUGCUAUGGCACCUUCAAAUUUCUUCGAUUGCCUAUGGGCCUUCGUCAAAGUCCGAAUGUAUUUCAAUUACUCAUGGACAAAAUACUCAAAAAUCUAACAUUUAUUUCUGUUUUAUGCUAUCUAGAUGACUGUUGUAUUUUUUCAAGCACAUUUGAAAAGCAUUUGCAAGAUCUAGAUGAAGUUUUAAACAGACUUGAAAGUUCUGGGUUGAAAUUGGGUCCAUCUAAAUGUCAAUUUGGGGUUAGUAAAGGGGUUUUCCUUGGCCAUGAAAUUUCUAGUGAGGGUAUUCGUCCCCCUUCAAGCAAGUUGGACAUUAUUGCUGAUUAUGCUGAACCAACUUCACGCAAGACAUUACAACAGGCUUUAGGGUUGUUUAAUUGGUUCCGCAAGUAUAUUCCAAACUUCAGUGUCUUGGCAAAUCCACUUUACAAACUAUUAAAGAAAGGAACGGCAUAUGUUUGGACUUCAGAAUGUAGUGAUGCGUUUUCAGCACUAAAAGACAGUUUAUUAAAGUCAGAAGCUCUUGCAUUUCCGCGAUUCGAUUUGGAAUUCAGGUUAGCAGUAGAUACUUGUUCAAAGGGUAUUGGUUACAUGCUUUACCAAAUUCAUGAGGACGGAAAAAAGCGUGUCGUGCGAUUUGGCUCUAAAGGACUUUCUAAAUGGCAACAAUCGUAUGGGCCAACUAAAUUAGAGCUGCUUGGUCUUAUUAAUAGUGUUCUGGACUGUGCAUCAUAUCUUCGCGGUAGACAUUUUAUAAUUGAAUGCGACCAUCAAGCCCUAAAACCUCUGUUUCAAAAACAACUCAGAGGUGCUAUUUAUGAACGCUGGCUUGCGAUUCUACAACAGUUUGAUUGCGAUAUUCAAUGGAAAUCUGCAUCGCAAAUGGUUGUGCCAGACACAUUAUCGCGUAUGCCAUCUUACCCAGAAGUGUUAUCGUGCAGUCCUGAGGAAGAAGACAUGUUCUUUCCUUAUGUGCCUGAGAAACCUACAACUGUAAAACUGAAGUUACAUGAGAAUGACAAUUUGCUUUUGAAUAAAAUGGACAUUUGUGCUCAUCAAAGUGAUCUCUAUGACGCUGAUACGGAAGAUAAUAUUGACAAUGAUUCUGUGAAAUAUUCAAGAAAGUUUAAAUUUCGACGUACUUCGUACAAAUCUCAUAUUGGAAAAACUUCUAAGACUUUUAAUGAUAAUAGACAUUUUAGUAGUAUUAAACCAUUUCUUUGUGUUGAUGAAGAGACUGAUAACCCUGCAAGUAAGUGUGAGAGCAAUGUGACUAAUAACAAUCAUCCCGUAGUUGUUACAAGUGAUGUUGAUAAACCUAAGUUUGACCAACUGAAGUCAGACAUGCAGCCAGAGCAUGCACCUUCAAAUGUUGACCUGCCAAAUGCUCCAACUAGAACUGUUAAUCACAAAUGUGAUACAAAGUCUGAGUGUACAUAUGAACAGAGCUCACAUAGUUCUGCUCAUGAUGACUUACCCUCACUAGAAAUGAACUUGCCCAUUCACAUCUCCUCAAGUCCAUCUCAGCAUGUCAGUCCGCUGGAUCCAGUUGAUAGGUCAGAUAUAGUUGAUGGGGCUGUUACAGUUGAUACGGAUAGGUCAGAUAUAGUUGAUGGGGCUGUUACAGUUGAUACGGAUAGGUCAGAUAUAGUUGAUGGGGCUGUUACAGUUGAUACGGAUAGGUCAGAUAUAGUUAAUGGGGCUGUUACAGUUGAUACGGAUAGGUCAGAUAUAGUUGAAGGUGCUGUUACAGUUGAUACGGAUAGGUCAGAUAUAGUUAAUGGGGCUGUUACAGUUGAUACGGAUAGGUCAGAUAUAGUUGAUGGGGCUGUUACAGUUGAUACAGAUAUCACUACUGCGUCUGACCCUGACAAGUUGUUGACAUCGACACAACAUGAAAGUAGUUUUGCGACUGAUCAGUUGAUAAAAUUACCAGCUAUCACAUUACUUGACAUGACUGUUGACCGUAUAAGUUCUGACCAAGACCAGGAUCCUUCUCUGAAACCUAUUAAACAUUUCUUAUCAACAGGUAAUCUACCAGGAUCACAGAAGUUAGCCAGAUCAGUUCUUGUGCAGCAGUCAGAUUAUGUGUUAGUUAACAAUGUUUUGUUUCAUUCCAGGGUAUCUCGUGCCAGGCGCAGCAAACUUGUGAAUCAAUCACAUUACCAGCUCGUUUUACCAAAGUCAUGUAUUCCUGCGGUUCUGAAACUAUUUCAUGACUCUCCCCUUGCAGCACAUGGUGGUAUACAGGAUACUCUAGAUAGAAUAAAAGAGCACUAUUUCUUUUCAGAUAUGGCGAAUAGGGUAACAGCGUAUGUGCAGUCUUGCCAUGAGUGUCAAUCGCGGAAAGUAACAAGAUUUCAACAGAAAAAUGCUAUUGUUGCAUACCCUACCCCUAAUGCUCCAUUUUCUGUUUGGCAGAUUGAUUUGUAUGGACCAUUGCCUAUCACCACUAGAGCUAAUAAUUAUGUGUUUACUGCAGUGUGUUUGUUUUCGAAGUACGUGUAUGCCGUACCAAUCCGCAACAAGGAUGCUACCACAGUUGCAGAAGUGUUAUUCAAGUUAUUUACAACAUACGGUGUUUGUGACUGUCUAUUGUCAGAUCAGGGAUCAGAGUUUACCGCUGUUGUUACUAGGGAGUUAUGUAAUCUCUUACAGGUACCACAACAGUUCUCCCCGAGUUUUGUACACCAUUGUAUGGGAGCUGUGGAGCGCAGUCAUGCUACACUAGCUGCAAGACUCACACCCUACAUGAAUGAUGACUGUAACAAUUGGGAUUUACACCUCGAUAGUGUUGUUUUUGAUAUGAAUAAUGCUGUUAACUCUAGUUAA